GGCGCCGGAACUACAGCUACCUCCGCGGCGCCGCUUCGGCCGCCAUAUCUGGGUACACGGGAACCGCAGAGGACAAACUCCCACCCGCGUUUUCGAUUUCUGCGCUUUCUUCGACUGAGGCAAGACCUAGCAGAGGCCCAAGCCCGUCCCUGCCUGCCAGGAGCAGCCUCAUGCGGACCGAGCCGCUGUGCGGGGCAUCCCCUCUGCUGGUGCCCGGCGACCCCUACUCCGUGAUGGUUCUGCUGCAGGGCUACGCGGAGCCAGAGGGGGUGGGCGAUGCCGUGCGCGCCGACGGCUCCGUGACCCUGGUCCUACCCCAGACCCGGGGCCCGGCCUCCAGCCACCGAGAGUCCCCGCGCGGGAGUGGCGGCGCAGAGGCCGCCCUGGAGGAGGCGGCCCGUGGCCCCAUCCUGGUGGACACCGGGGGCCCCUGGGCUCGGGAGGCGCUGCUGGGGGCGCUGGCGGGGCAGGGCGUGGCCCCGGGAGACGUGACGCUAGUGGUGGGGACCCACGGGCACUCGGAUCACAUCGGGAACUUGGGGCUGUUCCCAGGCGCGGCUCUGCUGGUCUCGCACGACUUCUGCCUUCCCGGAGGCCGCUACCUGCCCCACGGGCUGGGUGAGGGGCAGCCCCUGCGCCUGGGCCCGGGGCUCGAGGUGUGGGCCACGCCGGGCCACGGGGGCCAGCGCGACGUGAGCGUGGUGGUGGCCGGCACGGCUCUGGGCACCGUGGUGGUGGCGGGAGAUGUGUUUGAGCGAGAUGGGGACGAGGAUUCGUGGCAGGCACUGAGUGAAGACCCCGCAGCCCAGGAGCGGAGCCGGAAGAGGGUCCUGGUCGUUGCCGACGUGGUCGUACCUGGUCACGGGCCCCCGUUUCGAGUGCUAAGGGAAGCCUCGCAGCCCGAGACGGAGGGUGGAGGGAACAGCCAGCAGGAGCCGGUGGUCGGAGACGAGGAGCCCGCCCUGCACUAAUCAGCCUCGAGAGGGACUGCACUCUUGUCAGGGAAGCCCUAACAGCGAAGAGCUGCUGGAGACAGAGUCAGAGCAGUCAAGGGUGGGAGCUUCCAGCCCUUCCAGGAGGCCAGUUUUCCAGUGAAGACAGAGUGCACCUGACACUGCCAUCACAUCGUCAGUAUCACUGCCUGUCUCUGCCACCAAACUAAGAUCAAAGGAGGGGCUCAGCUCCCUGUGCAUUCUCCCUGGGCCUCAGUAAAAUGGGAGAAGGUUCCUGGGAGGGGCCUCCAAAAUAAAAAUGGAAACUGCAUUGAAAA